AAAACCAGAGCCUCUGGCGCAGCGGUUGGGUUGGGAGCUUGGAAAAAAACCUGACCCAACAAAGAAAAAAAACAAGGGAAAGAGGACUGGAGCACGGCGUGGAGCCAUCCUGCGUGUGGGGCAGGACCCGAGCACUGAGCAGCAGGUUUUCCCACACCGCUGAGCCGUCAGUUCCCGGGGAGAUGAGCAUUUCGUCGGAGCACAAGCCCCUUGGGAAGCAGGUCACCAGUAGCCUGCAUACGGUGAAUAAGUUGUCACCGAUUGUGGAGUUAAAUGUUGGUGGGGAGAUGUACACCACAACGCUGAGCACCUUAAAGAAACACCCUGGCUCCAAGCUGGCAGAGAUGUUCACCGGCCAGCCCAAACUCAGGACUGACUCUGAAGGGAGGUUCUUCAUCGACAGGCCAGGCACCUAUUUCAAAUACAUCUUGGAGUACCUGCGCAGUAACCAAGUGCCCACCCAGUGCAUCCAGGACGUCUACAAGGAGGCAUUGUUCUACGACAUCGAACCUCUAAUCAAGCAGCUAGAGGACUCCCCGCAGAUCUUCGGGGAGCUCGUGGCGAGGAAGCAGUUUCUGGCUCGUGUGCCCAACUACAGUGAGAACAUCGAACUGAUGAUCCGCAUCGCGAGGGCAGAAGCGGUCGCAUCCCGCCGGUCCAGCGUCAUCGUGUGCGUGGUCAGAACUGAGGAGGACGCGGCCAGAUGUCAGGAUGCCUUGAACAGCUUGGACAUGGAUAAAAAAUCCGUGGUGAAGUUUGGCCCCUGGAAGGCAGCGCCAAGUAUUUCUGAUCUGCUGGACUGCAUUCAAAUGGAUGUUGAAGCGAAAGGGUAUAAAAUAGCCUUUCAGCCUCACGUUGCUGAAAAAGGUUUUCGCUUCAAAUCGCAUGAUUUCUUCUACAAGUUCCUGUUCACCUGGUGGUAGCAAAGUGCCGCCAUCGAUGGGGAACAGACAAAAGCAAUUAUUAAAACAAAUCAACUUGGGCCGUGGAGACUAAGCCAUGACCAGAGGGACAGGAAGAAAUGCAUGGGCCAACACAUGGAUCUCCUUUGGUCAUGUGCCAAAUUAAAGAGCACUUAAGAGCCACUGCUUACUUGGGCUUUAGGGGAUAACUACGAUUUAAAAGAUAAUACAAAAGGGAGGAAUUUUACUUUUUCAGUGCUGCUGACUAUUAGAUAAAUUCAGAGGCAGAUCUGAGGGUCGAGCCAACCUCACUCAACCCAAGAGAAAUGAAUAAGCCCAAAUACACCUCGUGGACACGUGGAGUUGGUCUCCCAGUGAAACAGGAACAGGUCACAUAUGUGCAAUUGCCGAUGGAAACACUGACAGCUGCAUUAACACAUGCUCAAAUUAAAUUUGGAUCCCUAACAAGAAGGCAAAAGCUCUUUUCCUCACUGUUUUCCAUACCAGAACCUAGGUUAAAAAGAAGGAUUUCAGGGUCCCCCACUCUCCUCUUGUUCCUCCAGUGGGCAGCCUAUUCUCUAGGCAAUGUAUUUAUUACUGUUAUUUAUUAUUUAUUCUGAAGGAAAGAUAGAGAACCUCAGCUAUGGUCCAUGAUCAACAAAAGGUAAAAACACUAUCACUGAUCUGAGGAGUUUAUAAUCUAAGGACACGCACUCCUCUAUCAGACCACACUAUUUUAAUCUUUUUCUCGUGACAUUCAUUAUUAUUACAAUACUAUUUCUAAAUAUAUAAGCUUCUGGAAGAAUAGGGAAAGCCUACCGUGGUUUGAUGGGAAGGAAGCGCCACUGAAGUGGCAGUCUGGGACCUCAGUGCGAAUUCUCCUUUACAGACCAUGAGUUGGGUCCUACAUUGUGUUUUAAAAUCUUAGUAUUCAGAAGUUUAUUUUUAUACUGAAGAUGGCUGUUAGCUUGGUUUUAAUCACUCUGAAAAACAUAACGGCUAAUUUGAUUAUAUUUCUU